GCGGCGGAGAGGUGCGGGGGGGGCGCGGCAGCAGGAGAGGGGAGGCUCAGAGGCUUUCUCGGUCAGCCUUUCUCCGCUUCCCCAAAAAAGACCUGGGAGCCGAACGGGAGAAGCACGUGCGACCGUCUUGCUGCUGCUGCUGCUGCUGAUGGUGGUGGUACCCGAUGAGAUCACUGUGCAUGUAGGAGGGGAAUCGGGGCGGAGGGGAGAAAGGAUCCCGAGCUCGAGAAGGGUGCGAAAAGAGGGACCUUGUUGGGAACGAAAACCGGCCCAGCCUUGCAGCGGACCAGUUGCAUGCCUGUGGAACCCAAUCACGCUUUGCCUCUAUCAGUACGGGAGCCUCCGGGUGGGGUUGUGGAGGGGUUUAAAUUGCGGUCUUAUUUAUUGAUGCUGCUCUUCUAACUAUAGCUUGUCGGCAGCACCAAAGGGUGAGAUCACUGAUUUGCGCAGAACAUUGGGGUGGGAAUGUGUGUGUGUGUGUGUGUGUGUGAGAGAGAGAGAAAAAACCCAGUAUCUCUUAGCAUCACUCCGAAGCCAGAGAAAUUCAGUGUGCUCCUGGUUUGGCCUUGCUCGUUGUCAUCAUGUUGCUUAACAGAACAUGUUGAUUAGAGCAUUUUAGGACCCAACCCCAAAAGUGCUUAACCCAAAAAAUUAUACUGUGUAGGUGGGAAUGAAUCCCAUAGCUUGCCUGCAUUAUUAAAAAAAAGGGGGGGGAGCUCUGUGUGCCUGGACCCUGCCAGAGCCAUUAUUUCUGUCAAUCAGCAGGCAAUUGCAGCAGAAGGAUAGCAGCUGGGUUCAAUUCUGUCAUUUUACCACAACUCCAAGCAGUGAAGAGGGCUGGAAGGGUGGCAGUUGAGGUUUUUUUGAAAGGGAAGCAGAGGCUCAGCAAAAUCACAGGAUGGGCCAGGACAAGAUGGAAAAGGCAGACAGGAAUUGAGUGUAUCAGACAAGGACUACUGGAGAAAAGAUCUGGUUUUUUUUUUUAAUUUUUAUUUUAGUUUUUUUUAAAAGAGCAUCUAGCACAUCCAGGGUUGCACCCCCUUCUUCCUUACAAGAGUGGAGGGAUCAGUAUAGGACAGAGGGGCACCAUGACUCAUUUGCAAGCAGGUCUGUCCCCAGAGAUUUUGGAGAAAGCACGGCUGGAAUUAAAUGAAAACCCAGACACCCUGCACCAGGACAUCCAGGAGGUACGGGAUAUGGUGAUCACCCGGCCCGACAUUGGCUUUCUCCGCACAGACGAUGCCUUCAUCCUUCGGUUCCUUCGGGCCAGAAAGUUCCAGCACUUUGAGGCAUUCCGCUUGUUGGCUCAGUACUUUGAGUAUCGUCAGCAGAACCUUGAUAUGUUCAAGAGCUUCAAAGCCACGGAUCCAGGCAUCAAGCAGGCACUCAAGGAUGGCUUCCCGGGAGGGCUGGCCAACCUGGAUCAUUAUGGCAGGAAGAUCCUCGUCCUGUUUGCUGCCAACUGGGACCAAAGCAGGUACACACUGGUGGAUAUUUUGCGUGCCAUACUUCUUUCCUUAGAAGCCAUGAUAGAGGAUCCGGAACUUCAAGUAAAUGGCUUUGUUUUGAUUAUAGACUGGAGCAACUUUACUUUCAAACAGGCUUCUAAACUGACACCCAGUAUGCUUCGAUUAGCCAUUGAAGGCCUACAGGACAGUUUUCCAGCUCGCUUUGGAGGCAUUCAUUUUGUCAAUCAGCCGUGGUACAUCCAUGCCCUUUAUACUGUCAUACGGCCCUUUUUAAAGGAGAAGACAAGAAAAAGGAUAUUUCUUCAUGGAAAUAACCUCAACAGCCUGCACCAGUUGAUCCAUCCUGAGAUUCUGCCUUCUGAAUUUGGAGGAAUGCUACCACCUUAUGAUAUGGGCACGUGGGCAAGAACACUGCUAGAUCAUGAGUAUGAUGAUGACAGUGAAUACAGUGUGGACUCCUACAACACUUCUGCAAAAGACGUUGAGAAGGAUCUGUCUCCCAAAUCCAUGAAGAGGUCUCAGUCAGUUGUGGACCCUGGAGUGUUAAAGCGCAUGGAUAAAAAUGAAGAGGAAAACAUGCAGCCCUUGCUUUCACUGGAUUAACAGCGCUUGUUCAUCGAACAUAAAUUGGGGUGGAAAAGAUUGCCUUUCUGCAACAAGGAAAGCUUUGGGAGAGAAUGUACAAGAUGGAGUCCUAUUUUCCUGAUAAUGUAGCAUAAUGUAAUGAGGCAGCAGGUUUUGCCAGUCAUCCUGGAACAUGGGUGCCCUGGGCUGGAAAACAGGGUGGGGAAGGGGGAAUGAAAAGGAGAAAAUAUCAAUAAUAUAUUCUGUUAAGUGCCAACCUGUUUGUAAAUAGCGUCUGUUCCUUCUCUUUGCAUUUGUAAGUAAUGGUAGAGAUGUAGUACAGAAAAAAAAUAGAGUGACAAUUAAAAUACACCAGUUGAAUGCACUGUAAAAGAACAAACAGCAUACAGGAAAAAAAAGAUGUGGGUAACUUUCAUCCUUUUUAUACAAAGCCAUAUGACAGUAUUCAUAUUGACUGCUUAAUUUCUUUUCACACAGUUUUCAGUUGACAAGAUCCUAUAGUCAUGAUAACCUGUGUGGUAUUUCCUGUUGUAUAAGAUUGUAUUUCAUAGAUACGGCUACGAUUCGUAACUGAAACUUGGAUAUGAUUUGAAUUUUUAAGAUUUUUAAAAGAGGAAAUUAUAGGAACAGGAAGCUAAAUCCUAUUGUUUGGUAUAUUGUUUAGGAAGCAUCUGAUUUCUAAUGUUUUCACACCAGUUCUGUGUUUUGAGAGCUUUUUGGGUCCUGGUCAUAAAUUGGGGCUUAGAAUAUCUGACAUAAGUUGGAUCCAUGUUCCUCCUUGUGUGUAAAGUGCCCCAUAAAACUCAGUAUUCCUUUCAUAAUACUUAGCAGCAGGAGAUUGACACAUCAUUUCUAAACCUUACAAAACUGAAGUCAGAAUACAUAUCUAUAUAUUUUUACCAGCCUCUGCUUAUAAAGUGUCAUUGUUAGAUAAGUAUAUUUAAUCAAGGAUUUAUAAAAGCAAAAAUAAAUCAUGCCUAUUUGGUGUGCUUAGAGUUUAUUAUAGAUUAUAUAUUAAGGCAAUGUCAUUGUUAACAUAGUACAAUAUUUAAUUACAACAUCCUACUUUAAUUAAUCUAAGUAUGUAAUACAGUGCCAUGUUGAGGCCAUCUUUUGUUUCGUGGUGUAAUAGUGUAGAUAAAAUAUGUGCCAUAUUAGAUCAAAAAUACAUUGUUACCUCAAAAAACCAACAAUCCCCAAAUUGGACUGAACGUGGUCAGCUGUAGUUUAGGAGAUAUGUUUUCAUCUUUGACGUGUGCUGAAAAUGCAUGCGUAUUUCUGCUGUACAACCAGACAAAAACGUGCCCCACAACUAUCCAGACCUCUUUCAUCAGAAUUUAAUAUUUCAUUUGGACAGGAAUAGCAAAAUCUCUUCCUUGCAAAUGAAACAGACCCAAAUUUUUAUUACUAAACUUUUAACUACGGAGAUCCUUGUGAUACUUAGGAGCAGGCUUUAUGCUGGACUGACAGAACAUUUUCGGAAGUCUUCAAUAUAGAAUGACUUGCUCGUUUUAAUCACUUCCAUACCAUUUAGGGACCACUUAUUCCUACAUCAUGAAAGAAUUACAUCUCACUCUGACUAUACUGGCUCUCUGUUGUUCAGAUGCAUACUCUAUCCAGAUACCAUUAGCAUGUCUGGUAUCAUUAACUUCCACUGAAGGCUAUUGUCACAAUAAUGUGAGGCUGCAAUGUAUUCUAGACCACUUUACAUGCAGUUGAACUCUCAGUUUAAAAAGUCCUACUUGCCGUAAUUUCUCAUUAUUUUCUCUACUUUUUGACAGUCAUGUAUUUUAGGCUGGCUACAUGAUUAAAUCAUUCAUCAUUCCAGUAGCAUUGGGCUGUAACCAGGAUUGCUGGCGUAGAUGUCUGCUUGUGUAACAUAAUCAAUCUCCCCUUCCUUUUCUCCCCCUAUAGAUCUCACACCUCUCUAGCUCUGCUCUGAAAGGUUUGUCAACUAGGGUCUAAAUCGCCACUUGUAGAACUGCAACAUUUUCCUCCACAUCUGCAAGAUAGUGAGAAGCUUCCUCUUAGUCUCAACUAGAUGUUUCACUUUAUGAUAACAAUUUUGUACUAAUAACACAAAUAGUGCAAAACUACAGUAGCUGCUGCCUUGUUGCAUGAUUUUUUUAAUGGAUGGGUUACUUGUUAUCGUGUUAAUCCAUCAGACAGAUUUUCUGUGCUUGAUGUUUAUAUAUGGGCUUAGCUUCAAGAAGGGAAAAGACUGGUUUAGCACAAAGAUUUUUGAAUUCACUGUUGAAACUUUGGGGAUGGGGGGUGCUCAUUGCUUCAUUCUUGCUUGGAGGCAAAGAACCUCACAAGACUGAAAAUGUUACUAAGCUGUCUCGUCAUUCUGAGACAACAUAAAUGGUCAUUAAUAGGAAAAUUAGUCAGUUUAGUGAUUUUAGCUUUGCACUCAGAAAAGAGAAGGAUGGAGAAUCACUGAGAUGUUUGCGACUUAUUCUACCAGUGGUGUCCAUUCUGCUUGUGGAUGAGCACCAUUGGCUACAGCUAGUGAUGGGCACAAACCUCAGCCUGAGUGGGCGAUCAGCCAAGGGGGCAAGGCAGGGAGGCAUGUGCUCUUGCCAGAGACUGGUUGCACAGCUGAAGAGGGGGAGUACACACUGACUGGUAAGCAGAGGAUCCAGCUGGGGAGUGGGGGAAGGCAACUGGCACAAAUCUCUGAACCGAGGUGGGUGCCCAUCUCUAGCUGCAGCAUGUUGUAAAUAAGAGGCUGUGUGUUGGGCAGGAAAACUUUCAGAAUGGGGAACACUAUUAUCAGUGCAUCAGUCUAUAGGGAUAAGUUAUUGAGAAGUAAUUGAUAAGAGCUGGGCCAAUCAAAGCCACUGGGUGCAAUAACUCCCAGAAAAGGGUUGCAUCUUGUAUUAAAGCCAUUUCACAGAUUACCCAGCAACAAACGUAGGGUUGUCACUGACAGCCUGACUAUAAAGUGGAAAAAAUUUGUGGGAAAUGCUAUGGAUUUGGAGUGGCUGAUUCAUGUUUUUCCCAUUGAUCACCUGAUGCAACAGGAAAUACAAACCAGCCUGGGAUCCCACACCCCUAAUGCAUAAUUUUUCCUCCCCACCAGAGGCCCUUCUACUUUUGAAGAAGUCAAUUUUGCUUUGCAGAAAGGAAAGACCAACUGAGCACACACACAUGCAUGCCCAUAUGCACGUGUGUGCAUGCA